AUGCUAAAAAAUAUAUUAACCGUUCAUAAUAACAUUUACCUAAGAUAUAAGAAAAGAUUUUUCUGCCAUGAAUUAGUAAACUUAGGAAUUCUUGCACACAUUGAUGCAGGAAAAACAACAAUAUCGGAGGAUAUUUUAUAUAAUGCGAAUGAAAUAAGAGCAAAGGGGAACAUAAAUGAUCAAAACACACAGUUGGAUUUUUUAAAGCAGGAAAAAGAACGAGGGAUAACAAUAAAGACAGCUUAUUCAUGUUUCAAAUGGAAUAAUGUAAAUGUAAAUUUAAUUGAUACCCCAGGACAUGUUGAUUUUAGUAAUGAAACAUUUUUAUCAUUAUGUGUAUCAGACAAAUGUGUCAUUGUUAUAGAUGCAAAGGAAGGAUUACAAAUUCAGGCAUUAAAUAUAUUUCGUUAUAUAAAAGAAAACCUACCCAUAUAUUUUUUUUUAAACAAAAUGGAUAUACACGAAACUGAUCUGGAAUACAAUUUUGGGAGUAUCAGAAAUAAUUUGAGUAAGAAAAGUCUACUUAUAACAUAUCCAAUUUAUGAAAAUAAAAAAUUAAAAUAUAUAAUAGACCUACCCUCAAUGUUGAUGUAUUGUUACCCCCAACUUAAGUAUGGUCAAAAGUUCGUUUAUAACAAAAUUAACCUUGAAUCGGUUUUAAGGCAGUCCAAGUGUGAAAAUGUGCAAAGACAUUUUUCUUCCAUCGAAUCGUACAGAGUUGUUGCAGGAGAAAAUAAAAUUCAACAUGGUCACAGCGAGACAAUCAGCACAGACGCGUUAAUGAAUUCACACAUCCUAAGUGUUCUAAACCAUGAUAUAAUCAAUUGUGUGAUACAAAAAAGGGAAGAAAUUGUAGAGGCACUAUGUGAUUUAGACACUGAUUUAGAAUAUAAAUAUCUAAAUAAUAUCAAAAUAAAGUACAAUGAUAUGAAAAAUAGCCUGAACAAAUGGAUAAAUAAGAAACAGAUUUUUCCUGUAUUUUCAGGGAGUGCUUUAAAUUCACAUGGGGUCCAUCUACUGCUCGAUUAUGUAACAACUGGAGACAGAAUAAAUAGAGAUCAUAUUCAUAUGAAUUUAAGUACAUGCCCUUCAGACGGAAAAGGAAAGAAGAACAACCUUUCGACAAAUAAUGGGAAAAAUCAGUCCAGGGGAGAAAAGGGCAUUCAAACGAUUAGCACAUAUUUUAAUGAACGAAUUUCCAACAAUAAUGAGGAAGAACCUUCGUUUAUCAAAACUAAGGAAACACGUCACAGCACAAUUAAUAAUAUUGGUAUUCACACAGACAAAAUUAUAAAAAAGGGGGGGAACAAUAUGCAAUUGUAUAAGACCAUUUUGUUUAUAUUCAAAUUGAUAAAUGAAAAAAAUGGGUACAAUACAUUUUGUAAGGUGUUCAAGGGUGAAUUGGCUAAAAACACAAAACUUCUAAACAUGAGAAAUGGAAAAACCGAAAUAGUAAAAGGUAUAUAUAAAGUUAAGGCAGACAGAUAUAUAAUGGCAAAUAUAUUGAAAACAAACGAUAUAGGAAUGAUUCGAGGGUUUGAAAAUGUAAUGGUUUGUGAUAUAAUAUGCGAAAUGGAAGAAGACGAGGGGAAGUUAGUACAGGAACAGUCACGUAGUAAAAAAUAUACACAUUGUGUGGAAGUGAAAGGAAUUACGAACAUAACUCUGGAACAUGUGAAAAAGAGUGAUGAAAAUAUUGAAAAUAAGAAAAAAAAAAUAAAUGAUAUAGAUAAAAAUGUAAAUUUUUUUAGCUAUAUUUAUAGAUUGAUGAAAAACGAAAUACAAAGGAAGGAGUUGUGGUAUUUUCUCAAAAGUUAUAAAAAAAGAAUCAGUAAGAAUAUUAUUCUCUGUACAUGUGCUAUAGAACCAAAAGAUUAUAGAAAAGAAAAUGAAUUAAAAAACAUUUUAAAGAAUAUUUGCCUGGAAGAUAACAGCAUUGUUGUAUAUACAAACCAAAAUAACAACUUGGUUAUUGGUUCGAUAGGUAUAUUAAAUAUUGAAGUUACCUUGGAUAAAAUUAAGAGCGAUUACAAUAUUGAUAUACGAACUGGUAAUGUAGAAAUAGUAGAAAAGGAAUACGUCACAGGACAGUAUGAAGAGACCAUUAAGAAGCAAAUGAAAGUGAAUUCCAACUUUUCUACCAUAACGAUUGGUUUGACCAUUCGGGAAAAAAAGUUCACGGAUGUUUCAAAGUUUAUUCAGGAUGCGCUGAGACAUGACAGCGUGUCUCAGUUUGUUUUGUCUCACAUUCGUGGAGACGAGGAAAUAGGGGAAGAGCCGUCACAACAGCAGAGGCGACAGCAGCAUAAGCAAUCGCAGCAAGAAUGUGCUUUUCCAAAUUACUCAAUUCAUAGCCAGUUGGAAAGACAAGGCUAUGUUUUUUCCUCCCCUUCGAAAAGCGGAAGCCAUGUUCAAAGUCAAUCGGAUUGCAGUGUUGAAGUAGAGCUUAAGGACGUAGAAGAGGGAUCAACCGACUUAAUGAAGGGAGAUGAUGGGUUGAUUACAUCUAAAAUAAAAAUUAACAGUAAUUGUGAAACGUCUCAAAACUCAAGAGAGAUGAGGAUGUUAGGUGGGAAUAUGCAAUCGAAGCAAGUGAUUCAGUCGGAGCAAUUGAUUCAAUCGGAUCAACAAAAUAACGCGCUUUACCAGCAUAUGGAAACACCGGAAACUAUUAGCAUGGGAGUGAAGGAAAAUGGAUUGACCUUUAUGGAAAAUGUUCAGAAUGAAGCAGAAAGUAACGAAAUGUACCUUGCGGAUGAAGAAGAUAUGGAUGAGUACCUUCUGAACUUCAAUUACGAGGACCUGUUCCGAAGCAGCGUUCUCGUGAGCAAGAAUGUGCAGAUGUACAUUGAGGAAUUAAAAAUACAAAAAAAAACAAAAAAAAAAAAUUUUUUUGAGGAAAUUUUACAUAGCUGUAUUGUUACCCUGAAUAAUUGCCUAGCCAAUGGAUACAGAACGAGUGGAAAUAUUAUUAACACAGAAAUAGAAAUUACAAAAUUAGAAAUAUCCGAUGAUACCACAACUGCAGUUGCUAAAUAUGCUUGCAAUGACCUGUACUAUAGAAUACUUAAAAGGGCCACUGUGUGCGUAGCCAAUCCUAUGUCUCUUCUUCAAAUACAAACAGAUGAAUCCUUUGUUGGUGUCAUAGUGAAAGAUUUAGUUCAGCACAGAAAUGGAACCAUUAUUCAAAUAAUGAAAAAUAAGGACCCCUAUGAUUUUAAAAUUAUGAAAAUCAUUGCGCUUAUCCCAGUUAUGCAUACUCAUAAUUAUGCCUCCAUUUUAAGGUCUAUUUCGAGUGGUCACGCCAAUUUUUUUAUGACAUUUUGUGGUUAUAACAAGUGCUAA